AUGGGUGAAGCUGCCAAGAACAAUGGAGAGAGGAUCCAGGUGGGGACUACAGGGACAAUAGGCUCCUUGAUAACCAGAGAACUCGAGUCAAUGAAACACAUACCGCCAGCAUCAGCCAUCUCUGACAGGAAGACCCAGUCGGGUCCCGUCUCAGUCCCCUGUGGAGCCACCCCGAAGAAAGUUCAACCCAGAAGGAACCCUCUAAAUGGCAAUGACAGUGCUCAAGGUUUACCCAAGAACGGGCAUAAGGUCCCCAUGCUAAGUAGUGAGAGUACCAGUGCAGCAGGAAGCACUGGCCAGGGUAAAGCCACCAAGAAAGGGUCAUCUUUUCUAGUGGAGGUUGUGGAUCUCAAGUGCAACAAUCCCAUGAGCAGCCGGCUAAAGAAACUAGGGUUUUCCAAGCUCUCUGAAUCUGUAAUCUGA